AUGAUGAGGAAGCAUGACAGAGAUCAUCCGCCUGCAGACUCAAAAGUCUAUACACCUUGAGGCUAUGGAGAUCUUGUCGAAAGAAACGAUCACAAAGCAAUUGUGAAGUUUACAUGGGGCGGAAUAGGAUAUAUCGAAUCUUGCAGUAUAAGUUAUAGCAUCUCAUUUCAAGUAAAGAUUUUCUCACGAGACCGAAAACUCCUAACCUUCGAUUGAAAUAUCUCCCAGGAUUUCUCCAAUCUCUUUUCACAAUUAAAAAAGCAGCUUUCCCUAUCUGCAGGCACUUUCAUAAAACUUCUCUACCCAAUGGGCUCGCUCCGAGAGAUCUCAGCAUCAGAUACACCAUAUUCCCUUAAGCUCAAAAGAAAUGCUAAAUUCAUUGCACUACUAAGGCAAAACUUUUUCUGAAAUGAGAGCAAAAAAGCAGCAAACAUCGAAAUUUCUAAUAAUGGCUUAACAGCUUUAAAGAAAACAGAAGACGAAUUUGAAACUGUAUUGGCAAAUAUCUGCUUAAGUACUGGCUCUUAUUUUUGGGAAAUAAAAAUCGAUAUGCUUGUAGAUGACGAUGAUAUUUUUAUUGGAGUUGUCGACGAAAAUGCUCCUUUAGUUGGCCACCCUCCUGACUUAGGGCUGUUCUGGGGAUUUCGAUGCAGCGGAGGGAAAAAAUUUAGACCAGACUCAGGGAUUGAAGAUUAUGCAGAAACAGUCGGAACUGGAGAUGUUGUUGGAAUUCGACUGGAAUAUAACGGGGAUAACGGGUCUCUUAGUUUUUCGAGAAACGGGAAAGAGUUUGGAAUUGCUUAUACGAAUGUUCCAAUCAAUGUUUUUCCCGCAGUUUCUUUGUUUUAUCAAAGGACACAAAUCACAUUAAUUUGCAAAAAUUAA